GGCUCCCAGCUCGGAGGGGCAGAGAUGGGACUUGGGUUUCCGGGGGUGCUGCUGUUUGUUGGCAUUCGGGAGGCCUUUCCCCCAGGGAUGAAGGAAUAGCCUUCAUCCCUCCUUCCCAGGGCAGAGUAGCCCUGUGCCCCGCCCCUUUCCUGUCAUCUCGGGCUAAGGCAGCGACAUCCUGAGGAGGGCGCAUCACAAUAGGGUGGUUAUGGGUGCUACAUGUGUGCUUUCAGAGCAAUAGUGUGAGGAAACUUGAAGUGGGAUGGCAGGACGGCCUCAUCCCUAUGACAGUAACUCCAGUGAUCCAGAGAAUUGGGAUCGGAAAUUGCAUAGUAGACCUCGUAAACUUUAUAAACAUUCAAGUACUCCCUCACGUGUGGCUAAAGGAGGAGUCGACCACACCAAAAUGAGUCUGCAUGGUGCUAGUGGUGGACAUGAGAGAUCAAGAGAUAGACGAAGGUCAAGUGACAGAUCACGAGAUUCAUCUCAUGAAAGAACAGAGUCUCAGCUCACUCCUUGUAUUAGAAAUGUUACUUCUCCAACACGGCAGCAUCAUGUUGAGCGAGAAAAAGAUCAUAGUUCUUCUCGUCCAAGCAGUCCUCGUCCUCAAAAAGCAUCCCCAAAUGGUUCCAUUAGCAGUACUGGGAAUAGCAGCAGAAACAGUAGCCAGUCAAGUUCAGAUGGUAGCUGUAAGACAUCUGGGGAGAUGGUGUUUGUAUAUGAAAAUGCAAAAGAAGGAGCUCGGAAUGUAAGGACAUCGGAACGAGUGACACUAAUAGUGGAUAACACUAGAUUUGUUGUAGACCCAUCCAUUUUUACCGCACAGCCAAAUACAAUGUUGGGCAGGAUGUUUGGAUCUGGCCGAGAACAUAACUUCACACGUCCCAAUGAGAAGGGAGAGUAUGAAGUGGCAGAAGGAAUUGGUUCCACUGUGUUUCGAGCUAUUCUGGAUUACUAUAAGACAGGAAUAAUCCGUUGUCCUGAUGGCAUAUCUAUUCCUGAGCUGAGAGAAGCUUGCGAUUAUCUUUGUAUUUCUUUUGAAUAUAGUACUAUUAAAUGUAGAGAUCUCAGUGCCCUGAUGCAUGAGUUAUCAAAUGAUGGUGCUCGUAGACAAUUUGAAUUUUAUUUGGAAGAAAUGAUCCUCCCUCUCAUGGUAGCUAGUGCUCAGAGUGGGGAACGAGAAUGCCAUAUAGUGGUGCUUACAGAUGAUGAUGUAGUUGAUUGGGAUGAGGAGUAUCCACCACAGAUGGGAGAAGAAUAUUCACAAAUUAUUUAUAGCACAAAAUUAUAUAGAUUUUUCAAGUACAUUGAAAACAGAGAUGUGGCCAAAUCUGUUUUAAAGGAGAGGGGUCUUAAGAAGAUUAGAUUGGGAAUAGAAGGUUAUCCUACCUACAAAGAAAAAGUAAAGAAAAGACCUGGGGGCCGCCCAGAAGUUAUUUACAACUAUGUCCAAAGACCCUUUAUCCGAAUGUCCUGGGAGAAGGAAGAAGGAAAGAGCCGACAUGUAGACUUUCAGUGUGUAAAGAGUAAAUCUAUCACCAACCUGGCAGCAGCUGCCGCAGACAUUCCCCAGGACCAGCUGGUUGUCAUGCACCCAACUCCACAAGUGGAUGAGCUGGAUAUCCUUCCCAUUCACCCCGCUUCUGGCAACAAUGACCUCGAUCCUGACGCACAGAAUCCAAUGCUGUGAUGCUGAUAUUCCUUAAAACCAUAGCAUGCUACUCUUCACAGUGACGUUGUACUCUCCUCAUUCUGCACUGCAAGGCUACUCUUCUUCAUUGUGAGAUGCACAUAACAUUUUAGGACAUUGCAGUGUAGGUUUUUUAAAGACCAAAGGUAGCUGAAUGGUUUUUUUAAACGAGUACAACUCUAGCAUCCUGAGGUUCCAGUUAUAUAAAUGUAUUUGUUUACCAGUAGGUUUGUGAAAUUGGUUCUUUGUAUGGGGGACAGUCCUUUUUCACACAUCUAGAGCUUUUCAGAAGUGGUGGAAAUUGGCAGCUGGGGUACUUUCAGUCUAGAUUGAUAUUCAUUAUACCCCAGAUAAAAUGCAGAAUAUUAUAUAGUUGCACUUUAUAAAUGGUGGUUAAAUGGAACUGUUCAAGCCAUUUUAUAGUUAUGAUGCACAGUAUAACUUAAAUAAGUGCUUCUAUCAGAGUAUUCCUUCAGUAAAAUGUGUAUAGUUUGCUGCCUUUGAUGAGCAAAGAAGUGUUUAUCUUGGGCUUAUUUGAAUGAUUCGGAUGAGAUUCAAUGCUCAUAUCUUAUCGGUUCACUUACCUCCAGUGCCAUUUCACCCUUUUAGAGUGAGUCACAUGCAGGGAGUGUGAACAUCAGAGGUGGUUUAUUAUCCGGUCUGCCUUACCCUUAAUUGUUCACAGAUAUUUAUUUACUAAUGCUUUCUUUUCUUAAGAGUUAUGGGAUAGGAAAAUGAAGUGUUUGCUCUUCAUUUACUAAAUGAUUGUAAACUCAAAAGUUUUUCAUCAAAAUAAAAUUCCAUUGUUUUAAUGUUUCUGACCAACUUUAUAACCACCUUGACCAGAUUUUUAGUCUCAUAAUUCAUACAUUUGUUUGUCUUAUCAUUGUAAGUACAACUAGAAAUCAAAUAGUAGCUCAAGGAAUUCAGUUUGGUAUGUGUGAUGAGGUACCUAAAUUCCCUACUAAAUAUAAAAUAGAAAAUAUAAAUCCAAAGCAGUAUUAGAGCUGAAAAAGAGUAUUUUCUCAUCCAACCUGAUAUGAAAGGUAGAUGACUUAGUAAGGCAUGUGGUAACUGGGUUUCAGAGCCAGUUUCUGAUACUAGUUCAAUGCUUUUUUCUUUAUGUUGUGCUGCUGUACUUAGUAAAUUAUUCAUGCAAAUGCUAUUUUAAAUAUUUGGUGGUCUAAUCCAAAAAGGAAUCAGAACUAUUUAGGUGGUUUGGGUCUGGAAUCACUUAAAUGUUUGAAGCCAUACUGCUGCAAGUAGAGGUAGCAGUGGAGAAGCCAGUUUGUUACAUGUGAUCUUGAAUUCAUAAAUUCAGAGGACUUGAUAUUUGUGUGUAAGCAGUAACACCUUUGUUCUCACUAAAUUUAAAUGGCAACAAUUUGGAAAUAAUUUUCAUAAUAAAUCUAAGCUAGUAGCAUGGGGAAAUUAUGUAAGUCCCAGAAUUGUUAUGAAGAUCAGAAAGGCAUUUGCAGAUGUUACUGGCACGGAUAAUAGUUUCUAAAUAUCCAAUGUUGGAAUUAAUGAUAUAGCCCUGCAGCAUGUAGGAUUUUUCCCCCUAAUAUUUGAAGUGGGAACAGUAUUUAUAGAACAAGGGAAACAUUUAUUAAAAAUAUUUAACUGUCUAAUACAUUAUACUUUAACCCAUAUUUAUAGUAAAGGAUUCUUACAAGGAAGAAUAAACAGCUU